AUGGCCAUCAAGAGUCUUUGCUACCUUGGGGAGGACGACGAGAUUUUAUUUUUUCACUCAACGGAAAAAAGCGACGAGCUAAGUUCUCGCUUCUCCGUUUUUGCUGCCUUGGACAAUUUAAAGAAACUGACCGAGUCGAGCGAGAAGAAGACCGACCCUUAUGUCGGGUACAUAGGAGUCAACCUCUCCCUCUUCAGCGCCUACAAGAACUACGCAUACGUUGUUAAGGCAAUUAACCUCAAAAUAAUUAUCACCGUUGAUGAUGCAAAAAAUAAAUACACGGAUGAUAUGCUCAAGUCGAUGUUUAUAAAACUUCACAAAAUUUACGUGGACGCUGUUUGCAACCCCUUCUACACGGACCUCUUGGAGAGCAACUCCUUUGAAAAAAAAAUUAAGAAAUUGAUAGAGACUUCCUAA